AUGGCCAUGGAGAUUCUUGUAUCCUUAGUGUUGCUGAUUCUGGGUAUUUGUAUUCUCAUCAUAAUUCACAUCAUCAUAGUUGGACGAGUUUUCAGGGGAGAUUCAGAUAUCAUCUCCUCCUCCGAAACAGCAGCUCAUAGAACCAACAACAGAAGGAGAAGAAGACCAAGCAUGGCCAUAGAUGACAUCAAGAAACUGCCCUCUUUUGAGUUCAAGCUCGAGGAAGAAGAAGAAAACGGCGCUGCCAUUAAUGGUUUGAUGGAAUGUGCAGUGUGUUUAGAGACUUUCAAAAUGCUAGAGAUUUGCAGGCUGUUGCCUCUCUGCAAGCAUAUGUUUCAUCUCCAGUGUAUUGACUUAUGGCUUGCGAAAACCGCAGCUUGUCCCAUCUGCAGGACUGAUGUUGGGUUAGGCGAUCCAAUCGAAGUUGGAGAUGGGUUGACCUAA